CUGGCAUUCGAUUUCGCAGCCCACCAGCUCCGGUUUCUUCCGACUGCGAGCUUCCAAGUGGCGACUGCCCGAGUGCGAGAAGAGGGAGAGAAGCGGUUGUCGGAAUCCACUCCGGCCAGGGGUGCGGAGGUCGGAAUGGGGGGAGGAUUGGAUGAGGCGGUGAAGGUGGUGGAUUUGGAGGACGGUGAAGGGGAGGAGGAGGCAGAGGCCGCCGCGGCGGAGGGAUCGAGCAUGGAGAUGGGGAUGCUGCCAAGGAUGCCGGUGCGUGUGCUGCUCGCCGAAGGCGACGACUCCACGCGCCACGUCAUCUCCGCGCUGCUCCGCAAGUGCGGCUACCGAGUUGCUGCAGCCUCUGAUGGUGUGAAGGCGUGGGACCUAUUAAAGGAAAAAUCUUUCAACGUAGACCUUGUUUUAACUGAAGUUGAACUGCCUUUGAUGUCUGGGUUCCUCUUGUUAUCCACAAUCAUGGAGCAUGAUGCGUCCAAGAACAUCCCUGUUAUAAUGAUGUCUUCGCAUGACUCAGUAAGCAUGGUUUUCAAAUGCAUGCUAAAGGGUGCAGCAGAUUUCCUUGUUAAACCGAUAAGAAAGAAUGAAUUAAGGAACUUGUGGCAGCACGUUUGGAGAAAACAACUGGCAAACGGUGGGCCUAAUGUUCAGCACAUACAACGAGAAGAGAAUCUUGCAGAAAGAAUCCAACAGAAGACUGGCGUGACAAAAUCUGAUAAUUUGGACAGAGAUGUGCCCUGUAAAAAUAGAGAAUGCAGUGAACAAGAAAGUGAUGCUCAAAGUUCUUGCACAAGGUCAGAGCUGGAGGCUGAAAGUAAGCAAACAGACAACAUUUUGGAGUAUAAGCAAUCAACUCAAAGGCACUUGUCUAUUCCUAGCCACAAGAAUGUUGAGCUAAAUGGACAGACCAAAAUACAAAGAGCUGAGGGUAAUAACUUGAUUCCAGCAAGAGAAGACGAUUUAUCGCCAAAGAAAAGAACGUGUUUGAAUGAGAAUAAUUCUGAGAGAGCUUCAAGAGAUAUGGAGCUAGUCCACAUUAUGGAAAAUCAGCAGAAGUAUAACACACAGUGGGAGGUGGAUACUAUGAGAACAACAUCUAGGGGAAAUGAUGAGAAGGGCUCCAUCCCAGCACAUCAGUUGGAGCUUUCUCUUAGAAGAACUGACUACGGAAAAUUAGAGAACCACGAGAAAAAUGAUAGAAGAACACUGAACCAUUCAACUUCCUCUGCGUUUUCCUUGUAUAAUUGCAGGGCUGUGCCAACCUUAGGAAAUGCUGGUGAUGGUCAAUUAUGCAGCACCUCAGAAACACUAGUGGAUGUUGAAAAUAAAAAUGGAGAUUCAGCAGAUCCCUCUCAAGACAUGACUGAAACAAAUCGUCCUCCUAUUAGAGUUGUUCCUGUCCCUGUCCAAGGUCUCACAUUUGAUGGGCAGCCAUUCUGGAAUGGUACACCAGUGGCAUCCCUAUUCUACUCACAGUCAACUCCUCCCAUUUGGAAUAGCAAAACAUCAAUGUGGCAAGAAUCAACCCCACAAGCAACUUCACUGCCACAAAAAUCUCCACAGAAUGAACCAAAUGAAAUGGGGGCUAAACCAGUUAUAAAUGCAGGGGAACAAUUUGCCAUGGGUCCUCCCAGUGCCAGUGGGAAGCAGCUGCAUGUUGAAAUUCUUAAUGAUGAUCCACGGCAUAUUUCUCCUAUGACUGGUGAAAGUGGAAUCAGUACCGUGCUAGACAGCACCAGAAAUACUCUGAGCAGUAGUGGCUGUGAUAGCAUUUCCAACCAGAUCACUGCCCCUACUGAAUCAUCCAAUGUAUAUAAGGAUGUUCCUGAAACCCCAAGCGCCGAAGGGUCACGGCAUCUGAGCCAGCGUGAGGCUGCACUGAACAAGUUCCGGCUAAAGAGGAAGGAUAGGUGCUUUGAGAAGAAGGUUCGAUACCAGAGCCGGAAAUUACUCGCAGAGCAGCGUCCACGGGUCAAGGGCCAGUUUGUUCGUCAAGAUCAUAGCAUCCAAGGAAGCUAGGGUCCAGUUACUGAGCUGGAACUCUAUUCUAUUAUCUAAAAAAAGUCACUGCAAGUGACUCCACUGCGGUCUGCGGGUAUCCUGAUGUCAGAUUUUGCCGAAGAGUUGGAAGCAGUCACACUGAGUUACAGUUUGCUCUGUAUAUUUGCUGAAGUUUGUAAUAUAUGUAUGUAUAGGCUAACGCUGUUCUUUCCUAGGUUAGGCACAGGACCUGGCACGUUUGAAGGUUUGUCAGUAGGCGUUAGAAAAUACAGGCAUACUUUGUUUCAGGUCAAGAUGAGAUGUGACCUUCAGUAGCGCAUGUGUGCUUUAAGUCUUGUAUUACGUAAUUAAGUUGUUUGAUGUUUCGGGUUAGAUGUACGCUCCGUGGAUGAAAUGUAAAGGAUGUCCACCAAAACAUGCUUGUUUCCGUGCAGCUUGUUGCAAUGAACAUCGUUGGCCUGGUUUCUGUC